ACAUCAGGAGACAGAAAACUACCUGAACCAGAAGAGACACACGAUCAUGGAGAUUAAUUUGUGGAAAGUUGUGUGUGUUGUAUGUGCUCUACUCCUUAACGCUACAGGCUCACAUGCCCAGCUGCCUGUGUGUGGUCGGCCUCCACUGAACACCAAGAUUGUGGGUGGUGAAGAUGCUGCUCCCGGGUCCUGGCCUUGGCAGGUCAGCAUUCAGUCAGGAGGCAGCCAUUUCUGUGGUGGCAGCCUGAUCAAUGAGAACUGGGUCUUAUCGGCUGCUCACUGUUUCCCAAGCAUUGGUGCAGCUUCUAUCAGAAUCUUACUAGGAAUGGGAAAUUUGGAGGGGACUAACCCUAAUAUGCAGGAAACAAGUGCUAGCAAGAUUAUCAUCCACCAAGACUAUAACUCUGACAACAGUAAUGACAAUGAUAUUGCACUAGUCCAGCUCUCCUCUUCAGUGAUGUUCAAUGAUUAUGUCAUGCCAGUGUGCCUCGCAGCAAGCAACAGUUCUUUUCCUGUUGGUACUAAUGUCUGGGUUACAGGAUAUGGUAAAAUCGGUUACAAUGUUAAUCUGCCGUCCCCUAAAACCCUGCAGGAGGUGCAGGUGCCGAUUGUCAGUAACAGUGACUGUGCAAAAGUAUAUAGACCUGGUUCUAUCACAGACAAUAUGAUGUGUGCUGGCUUAGCUGAGGGAGGAAAAGACUCAUGCCAGGGUGAUUCUGGAGGUCCACUGGUGGUCAACAUCAAUGGAACAUGGGUUCAGGCUGGGAUUGUGAGCUUUGGCAGUGGCUGCGCUUUACCUAAGAUCCCUGGUGUGUACACCAGAGUGUCUCAGUACCAAGACUGGAUUAACAGCAAGAUCAGCAACAAUCAACCUGGAUUUGUUACAUCAAAAAGCAACCGUGACUCCCCCAGCCUCUUCUAUCUGUUCCUUUCUUUCUCCGUAAUCCCCAUCCUCCCCUCCCUCUCUAUAUUCUAGUGAUGAUAGUCAAAUUAUACACACAAGCACAAAUGAAAGGAGUAAGCUAACAUCACAGUAUUUUAUCUAAGUCUUCCAGAAGAAGAUCCAUAUUUAGCUUUUAGCUAAAACCUAAAACUUUAGUUUAAAGAUCCACAAACGAAAGGAGAGAGCUAACAUUACUGUAUUCUAGCUAUUUUAUCUGUCAUACAGUACAUAAAGAACAAUACUUAGCUUUUAUCUGUAAGGUGACUAGACAGAAGCCCUUUCUCACAAAAAAACAUCCAAACUAAAUCACCCCAAACUAUGUAGCAAAAUGUGUUAUGAUCUGAUGAGAGAUCAAUUCCAAAAGGUAUGUUUGUUGCAUAAAAAAAAAUAAAAAUAAAAAAAUCACCAAAAGAACACCAUACACCAUAUUGCCAAGUGAAUAUGUGCCAUGCUGAUACACUCUUAGUCAAAAAGAUUGAGUGGUGUAAUAUAAUCAAAAGGUGCUUCAACAAUCUAUUAGUUUAUGGGUGUGCACACUUAUGCAACUAGGUCAUUGUAAUUUGUUUUAUUUUUACUAUUUUCCCCUAAAAUGUUUCUGAUUGUUUUUCACUUAAUUUUUAUACAUUGUAAUUUCACAUUGAGAGUAGAAAAAGUUCUGACAAGAUUUAUCUUGGGUUCAUUUUUUUUUUUCACAAACACCUGCCAUUUUAACAGGGGAGUGUAGACUUUUUAUAUGAACUGUAUGUGUCUUAGAGUACUACUUAGACGUCCAGAGUGCCUUGUAUUUCAGGAACAAAUACCAACCUGGCAAGAAUUAAAUGAGAACGUUUUAGGUAUAGAUGUCUAUAUGACAGUGGUAUUGAUUGCAAAUAUUAAUUGUAUUUAUUGUCAUAUGUGACUUGAAGACUUUGUUAGUUUGUUGGAAGUUCUUGGCAUGUGUGCCCACUGGAAAGUAUCUAGGCUAUUCUAACUUCUCUUGGAGGUUAGGUGGGUUGAAAAAGAACCAAUUAUGCUCAGAGCUAAAAUGAAAGUAAAUCAUACUUAAACAUAACUUUGUUUACAUACACAAGAGAUUAGUAAUUGAAAACUCUGAAUUUAUUCAACCACGUAGCUGAUAAUUUGUCCUAUAGUUACUACAUACAUACUGUAUGUUCAUUGGUAUGAGUGAGAUCACCUGAAAAAAAUUCAGUGAUACUCUUUCUGUUUCAGUGGAUGGGUGCAUCAUACUGAACUACACAACAAGAAAUUUCAGUCUGAGCUGUAUUUAACUUUGCAGCUUUACAGAAAUCCAGAUCUAGACACUUUGAGAAGCCAUGAUUCAGUUUAUUCCUCUCUCUAAGCAGCAACAGAGAAUGGGGCUUUAGCAAAAAAAUUAACUUUACAUGAGCAUGGUUAAAUCAUGAGAAUUAGAGAGCAAAAAAAUUACAUAGACCAGUGAAAAAUGUACAACAACCUGUCAAGUCUGAUGGGACAUACGCAGAUUGUUAGAGAUCUAGACAUACUAAUAAGAAAAGUACAGAAGUCCAAGACAUACUUCCACACUUUCCGUCAUUCACAAAUGAGACUGACCAAUGAAUUCAUUUAAAACUAAAAAAGUGAAAGAAAUGUGACUCAAAAAUAUUUCUAGAGCUAAUUUAUACGAAUGUAUUCAUUCAUAUAAGCCGCCUCUCUCACCAGUUCAUUUCAGUUCAAUUCAAACUGAUUUAUUAAGUGCUUUUAACUCCAGACAUUUUUCACAAAGCAGCUAAACACAACACAAGGAGAAUAGUAUGAUCAGUGGUAUCAAAAGCUGUACUAAGGUCAAGCAACAUAAGCAAGGAGACACAAUCCUGAUCAGAAUGUAGUAGGACUAGGUGAGCAGUGAUUGACGGUUAUGCUCACCUAUCAGCGAGGAGUUUUCCCCAUUUAAACACUAACUGGUUGUAGCUUGGGAUGUGUCACGUCUGAGCUUGUUGUUUUGAGCGAAUGGUUUCACUGGCAUGGGGUGUAACAUUUUUCUGACGUGCUGAUACGUGUGUGCUUCCCCGUAUCCCAGUGUGUUGGCGGUUUAUAUGAAUGCGGUGAGCCUGUGCCUAUAAAAGGAUUAUAUACAGAUAUACCUGGGGUGAUAUCCUUUUUCGGUAAGGGUUUAGUAUGCAACUAUGACUGGGGAGUGGGCAAUGUAUGAUUGUUAGUAAUAUUUUGUUUGUUUGUAUUUGCUUAUUCUAAACUCUUGGAGAACUAAAAUGGUGCUCCGUAUGAGCUUUGUCUCCCUCCUUGAAUGGAUUGAGUUUUUGUUUUCUUUUCUUUUGUUCUCCUUUCUUUUUGUUUCUCUGAGUGUAAUUAUCAUCCUUUGAAUCUAUCUGAUGUAAUUCCUUAUUUUAUGUUAAUCUAUUUUUGAGUUUAUUGUAUUUGGCGAUUAUUGCGACCUGCAUGUGUGACCAACUGUUCAAUCAUUGCAAUACUACACUGUUACUGCUCAUUGUUGCUUGCUUCUGUGAGAAGGAGCUUAUUGCAACCAGUUAUUUGGUCAUUUUAAUAUUUUAUGAUCCAGUUAUUUGUCAGGUUAUUUACUUGUUUCUGAUUUACUGCAGUGUGGCUGUGUGAUCUGAGUGCACGGUGGUGUGUGUGUGUGCUCUUGUAAAACCAAGCUAGGUGAUUGUUCCUUCUGUUGGGAGCCUCAACCCUGUGAGUUGGUAUUUAUGAUUGUUUUGUUUGGUUUAUUUUUCCUUAAGUUAUAUAAGUGUCAGUAUUUGUAUGAAUUUACUUUCUUGUGUUUGUAAUUCCAUUUGUGUUAUUUGAAGUAGUGCUGCCAGUGGCUUAAUUUAAUGCUAUUUAAGUGAUUUUAGAGUGUCUAGUGUAACACUCCUGUCACUCUCAGGUUGAGGUAUGCUGGACCAGUAUCUAGGUUGCGAGGAGCAGUAAUGAAACUCACACAGACCACCAAAUGUGUUUGAACUGCCGGCUUAUAUUGACAAAAAGUGAGUAAUUGUAAGUUGUCACUUUGCGCAAAAAAAGAAAAAAGAAAAGAAAAGAAAUUACAAUCACAAUAUGAAAGAAUGAGAAAAAAAUAAAGAAAGAAAGAACUAUAUCAAAUGUUUGAUUAUCCACUUCUUUUUCCUAUAGAUUUUCUUCUAUUUGCACUAAUUUAACUAGCUUUGUUCACCUAGUUGUUUUAUCCUAUUUAGUUUAGAUCUAAUAACAGUUUAUUAUGUUCGCUUUUAGGCCUAAUCAAUUUGAGUUUGUUUUUUCCUUAUAUAUAUUCGGUGGUUUCCACUACACAGUAUUACUCAGACUGCUUCAAAGUAACAUUUUUUGUUUGACACAAAAGAAUACAUCACUAAAACUCAACAUUCAAGGGAAAAAAAUUUUGCCUUUAUAAACCACUGGAAAGUAUCUAGGUUAUUCUAACUUCUCUUGGAGGUUAGGUGGGUUGAAAAAGAACCAAUUAUGCUCAGAGCUAAAAUGAAAGUAAAUCAUACUUAAACCUAACUUUGUUUAUAUACACAAGCGAUUAGGAAAUGAAAACUCAUACUGUAUGUUCAUUGGUAUGAGUGAGCUCACCUGAAAAAAAUUCAGUGAUAAUCUUUCUGUUUCAGUGGAUGGGUGCAUCAUACUGAACUACACAAGAAAUUUCAGUCUGAGCUGUAUUUAACUUUGCAGCUUUACAGAAAUCCAGAUCUAGACACUUUGAGAAGCCAUGAUUCAGUUUAUCCCUCUCAGAGAAUGAAGCUCUACUCAUUCAAAUUUUUACAUAACUUUACAUAAGCAUGAUUAGAUCAGGAGAAUUAGAGAAAAAAAAUUACAUAGACCAGUGAAAAAUGUAGAAUAACCUGUUAAGUCUGACGGGACAUACACAGACUGUUAGAGAUCUAGACAUACUAGUAAGACAAGUACAGAAGUCCAAGACAUACUUUCACACUGUCUGUCAUUCACAAAUGAGACUGACCAAUGAAUUCAUUUUAAACUAAAAAAGUGAAAGAAAUGUGACUCAAGAAUAUUUCUAGAGCUAAUUUAUACGAAUGUAUUCAUUUAUACAAGCCGCUUCUCUCACCAGUUCAUUUCAGUUCAAUUCAAAUUGAUUUAUUAAGUGCUUUUAACUACAGACAUUUUCACAAAGCUGCUAAACACAAAUUCAGACACCUAAGGAAGCACUCCCUGUCUUGAAAGAUAUAUGUUUGAUUGUUUGUUUGGUACAUUGUUUUUAAUGGGGGUAUCAAGUCAGUUUUGCCUUCACCUAGUCAUUAUAAGUUAAAGACGUGGGUAGGGGAACUAGUUCUAGAUCAGUACGGGAAGAAAUCUCUCAUCAGGGCGUGUAACAGAUGACACAGGUAGGGGAGGUCACAGUCUACAUGUGCUUGGAAUAUAAAUGGAAGUCUAGUACAUUUAGAGACACAGGACAUCAGGAGACAGAAAACUACCUGAAACCAGAAGAGACACACGAUCAUGGAGAUUAAUUUGUGGAAAGUUGUGUGUGUUGUAUGUGCUCUACUCCUUAAUGCUACAGGCUCACACGCCCAGCUGGCUGAGUGCAAGCAGGGACUCCGGCAAGACUAGCUAUGACACCAUAACUAAAAGGGAGAGCCAGAAGCCAACACAGACAUGAGGGCACCCUGGGACAUAAAGCAGCCAGCCACUCCACUGUCAACAAACCUGAGUGAAUGCGUGGGAAUGGUGGGCUGACAGCAUCCAAACAUCCCAGUUCACCACUACACUCUAUGCCCAUGAACCCUCCAGAUCUGAUGCUCUACCUAAUAAAAAACUAUUCACAAAAGGCUUGACUAAACAAAUAUGUUUUCAGCCUAGAAUUAAACACUGAGACUGUCUGAGUCCCAAACACUAAUUGGAAGGCUGUUCUAUAACUGUGGGUCUUUGUAAGAGAAAGCUCUGUCCCCUGCUGUAGCCUUCACUAUUCGAGGUACCAACAAGUAGCCUGCACCUUUUGAUCAAGGUAGGCGUGGUGGAUCAUAAAAGACCAAAAGUUUGCUCAGGUACUGCGGUGCGAGACCUUUCAGUGCUUUAUAGGUCAAUAGGAAUAUUUUAUAAUCAAUGCAAAAUUUGAUUGAGAACCAAUGUAGGGUGGAUAAGAUAGGGGUGAUGUGGUCAUAUCUUCUGGUUCUAGUAAGAACUCUGGCCGCUGCAUUCUGGACUAACUGGAGGUUGUUUAUGCACCUACUGGAACAGCCAGACAGUAAGGUGUUACAAUAAUCCAACCUAGAGGUAACAAAAGCAUGAACUAAUUUUUCCGCAUCGUGUAGUGACAUUAUAUUUCUUAUCUUAGCAAUAUUUCUGAGAUGAAAGAAGGCUAUCCUAGUAAUAUUAUCUACAUGAGCUUCAAAUGAAAGACUGGAGUCAAUAAUCACGCCAAGGUCUUUUACUGCUACACAUGAAGAAAGAGAAAUGCCAUCCAGAGAUACUGUGUAAUCAAAAAGGUUAUUUCUAGCUGCAUGUGGUCCUAGUACAAGUACGUCUGUCUUGUCAUAAUUAUGUAGAAGGAAGUUAAUAAGCAUCCAGUGUUUAAUGUUCUUUACACAUUCCUCAACUUUGUUAAGCUGGUCUCUCUCAUCUGGCUUUGCUGAAAUAUAUAACUGUGUGUCAUCAUCAUAACACUGACAGCUAAUACCAUGUUUAAUUUUACCCAGAAGUAGCACAUAUAAACAGAACCUUGCAGAACACCAAACUUUACCUUAGUAUGCAUAGAGAAGUCACCAUUUACAUCUACAAACUGAUGACGAUCAGUCAAAUAAGACCUGAGCCAGGAGAGGGCCCAAUAGUAUGACCAAUGGUAUCAAAAGCUGCACUAAUGUCAAGCAACACAAGCAAGGAGACACAACCCUGAUCAGAAGCCAGUAGUAGGUCAUUUACCACUUUAACCAAUGCUGGCUUGGUGCUAUGACGAGGCCUAAAUCCUGAGUGAUACAUUUGAAUGUUAUUCCUAUGCAGUUAUGAGCAUAACUGCUCUGCUACAAACUUUUCUAGGAUCUUGGAGAUAAAGGGGAGGUUUGAUAUAGGUCUAUAGUUGGACAACUGACAGGGGUCGAGGUCAGGUUUUUUAAUCAGGUGUUUGAUAACUGCUAGUUUAAAAGAUUUAGGUACAUAGCCAAAGCUAAGGGAAGAACUGAUUAUUUUUAGAAGAGUUUUGAUUGCUUCUGGAAUUAUCUGUUGAUGAUUUUGAUGAGGAAAUUAAUGAAAUUAGUUCAGUCUCUCGAAGGGGAGUAAAACAUUCUAAUUGCUGAUCUGUUAUGGUCAUAUUAUUAUCUACACAGUUAGUUAUCAAAUUGGCAAAUUGAUAAGUUUAUUAUUAAUUAGCACAUUAUUUAUUUCUUUUUCAUAUAUGAUUUUAUCACAAUUCAUUUAUUUUUACUUUCUGAUUUUUUUUUCACAAUUCAUUUAUUUUCACAUGUUAAUUUUUCACAUGUGGGUUUAUUUAUCAUGUGACUUAUCACAUUAUUCCUUUUGUCACAAAUUAUUCACACAGUGUUACUUGUUUUUCCUUGUAUUCACUGGUGCAAUUUCAGGGAAUAGCAUGGUGAAAUGCACCAUCACAAGUUUUCCACAUGUGAUUACAUAUUACUCGUAUAAUCAAAUAUGAAACUUACAGUAUGUGCUUAGAGUAGCUAGGACUGGAAAUUCAAACUGGCCAUUUUUCUCUCUUGUGUAAAAUCCAUAAACCUCAAUUCAAAUGUAAUGUGUGUUAUGAUAAAGCUAGGGUUACACAAGGAGGAUGCGUGUUCCAGAUAAGAGACACAGACAAAAGUCGAAACCAGAAAAACACUAAGAAGAAAGUUGGAAACUUGGAAAACAGGACAAAAAUAUGGCUUAGUAAUGAAUGAAAAGAAAAAGCACAGAUAUACCCAUCUGUGCUUAUUCUUUUCAUUCAUUACUCAGCCAUAUUUUUGUAUAUGCACAAAGGAUUGUGCAUAUAGACAGUAUAUGCACAAAGGAUUGAAUACAAAAUAGACACGGGUGAAAAUAAUGCAGUAAAUAUGCCAAUAAAAUAAGCCAAUAAUAAGAUGGGGUUGAGGUUAUAUCAAAACAAAGCCUAUAACGCUGCUGCCAUAUGAGGAAAAAAAUAAAUAAAUAAAAUAAAAAUACUGUGUUCACACAAGUGUGAUACUUUAAAUGUGUUUAGUUUAAACUGUAUCAAAGGACCUUGUUGUAUGACUGCAGUAACAAUGCUGUGACUAUAUUGUAAUAAUACUGUAAAACAUACAGUAUCUUUAACUUUUCUGUAAAACAAAAUACUAACCAGAAGCAUUCAGCUGAAGCAGUGAAGGAAUCUUGUCUCGCCAAUUUUUUCCAUAACUUUGUCAUCCUAAGUUGUAAAAAAGCAUAGCUUCAAUUAUUUUACCAAGUAGGUCAGUGCAACAAGUUUCAACUGGAGGUAAAGCUAGGUAUUUUAGCUUAGCAAGGUAGCUAAUGUUUGCUAGUCAUCCUGAUAUUUUAAACAGAUAACCCACAUAGCCUGCUAUUGUUCUUGUUUUGCUUCUAUGGACACACUGUACUUUUGACAAAUUUAGCAUUAAGAUGUAUAUUUGACAAGAAAAAAAAACAAUAUAACUGUACAACACAGGCGAUUGCUUUAAGAUUUCAUGGGAAGUCCAGGCUCUCUUUGUUUAAAAGCUUGACAAGAUGUAAUGACAACUAAUAUCAGUGUUUGAAAAUAGUAUCAAAAUAAAAUUUCUUGCACUUUACAAUCCAGUGUCUACUGUGUAAAUUAAUAAUGGCUGUUCCUCUUAAAGAACAGUAAAAUUCCAGUUAAUAAGGAAUAAGGAUUUUGUGCUUUUAUGACCUUCCUCUUUUC